GAUGGAUGAGAGGCGUGAUCUCAUCGUAUAUUCAGUUGAGGAGAUUCAGUGGAGACCGCAGAGCUCACGAUCACAGACCACACACAGACACAACACUCUCCGCCUUUAGCUCAGAUGCUCGCUGGAUAAAGGAUGAAAUCAGUGUUAAAGAGCUGCUGGUGUUCUCAGCUCUGGAUGCAGCAGAUGAUUGUGAAGCGCACACUGACUGCUGCGUGCCACGGAGCUAUGAUGUUUGUUCCCAGUGCGCGAGGUUAAUAUCAGCACUGAUUGAAGAUGCCGAGGUUCCAGCUUUCAAACAGCACCAGUGUGCCAAAUCACAAUUAUGAAUGGAGCUACGAAUACUACGACGAUGAAGAGCCUGUGUCUUUUGAAGGACUAAAAGCACAUCGAUAUUCCAUUGUGAUCGGCUUCUGGGUGGGUCUUGCCGUUUUUGUUAUCUUUAUGUUUUUUGUUCUGACUCUGCUGACCAAAACAGGAGCCCCACACCCAGAGGCAGCCGAGCCUUACGAGAAGCGGAUGCGCCUGACCAGCUGUGCUGACGGUUUAGGCCGCCAACGUGAAACAGAUGGCCGAACGGGUCUCUCUCGCCCACUGCUGGAGGAGUCGCGCUCUCUUUUUCACUGUUACAUUAAUGAAGAAGAGCGAGAAGGAGGCAGAGCCGCCACUGAUGCUGGCGCUCUCACCCAUGGACGCUCAGGCAUUGGCAACUCCAGAGGCCAAGUGGAAGAGGUUGGCCUAGUUGUCCAAAACAUGGUCCUUGAGAGCAGGGCAGAACGGGAGGCAGCACUCCUGGCACAUUUUAACAUUCCCAAUUUCGUGAACUCAGAACUGAACUCCGCACUGGGGGAUGAAGAUUUACUACUGGGCGAUCCACCAAUUAUAAUGGAGGAGGCCCGUCCACGCUGUACUCAUCAUAUCAUUGAUUAAAACUUAUCAUUGAUGCCUUUAAUCACUCAUUACGGCUUCAUCACUCAGCCUAUGUUCUCUGAAAGUGGAGUGUGAUGCACAAUCUUGAAGGCUGAGCUACUUUCUGACUCUGGUGAGGCCAUGAUGUCAGUUUGAAAAAUCAAAAACAUUCUGCGAAUGUGUUGUUGACAGCAUGUUGAAAGACUGUUGGGAAGCCUACUGUAAGGAGUCAGAAACAAAGACACAUUUAAAGAAGAAAAACAACAAAAUCCAUGCAAGGACAGCUCUAGGAAGGCAUUCCAGCAGAUUGCAAUGUCUUACAAUGUCAUUACCAUUGAGAGAAUGAUAAAAAAAAAUAUCUCUUCAAGUGCGAUUGGAAGAUGCUUUAUGCAGCUUUGUACUUAUGUAGCCUAAUGGCAAAAAAUUGCAGCAAUUUGGUAUUGCACUGCCUGGUUCUCUGGGCUUGUUUUUGUGAGCAAAUGCCUGAGUAGAAAAUAGCUCUCUGUCUGCACCUGUCAGCUGAAUCAGUGGCUUUCUGCUGGAAAUCUGCAGCAUACAUGCAUACUAAGUCUCUGUGGUUGUAUGAACACAGCUGGCUGAGCUGCUGGAGCAAUUCAGCACUAUACCUCUGUCUCUUGUUUUAUUGAACGCCUAUAUGCCAAUAAAAUUCAGCGCAAAGCUU